AUGGCGAGCAGAUUCUGGGCAGGCAGUUCGUCUUCUGAGGAGGAAAGCGACGUGUCGGAUGUGUCGGACGUCGAGACGUCGCAGCAGCAGGCUGCUCGCGCGGCCUCGCGCUGGGCGGUGCAGUCGGACUCGGACUCUGAUGAGGAGGUGCGCGUGGUCAAGAGCGCCAAGGACAAGGCGCUGGAGAACAUGGAGCGCAACUGCUCCAGUAUUAAGAACCACAUGAAGAUCAACGACUGGACGCAGAUCCAGACGGAGUUCGACGAGCUGGCCAAGCAGCUCGAGCGUGCCAAGAAGACCGUCUCGACGCUGCCGGUCUUCUACUUGCGUACGAUGGUGGCGCUUGAGGACUUUUUGGCCGAGAAGGUCAAGAACAAGGCUGAGCAGAAGAAGAUGAGUAAGGAGAACAGCAAGGCGCUCAUCCGUAUGAAGGGCAAGCUCAAGAAGCAGCUCGAGCCUAUGCGCAAGCAGAUCGACGACUUCCGUGCCAACCCCAUGGACUCGAGCGAAGAGGAGGACUCAGACAGCUCUUCUGAGUCUUCAUCGGAUGAAUCUGAGUCCGACUCCUCCUCUGCUUCAUCUGAGGGCAGCAGCGACGCAUCUGCGUCUGAGUCGGAAGAGGAAAGCAGCGACGACGACAAGUCCGACGAUGACUCAGACGACUCAGAUGGCUCAUGGCCGAGCGGUUCAGCGUCGUCUUCGUCGUCUUCCGAGGACGAUGACAACAUGCCAAAGGGCCGUGCGCGCUGGCUCAAGCAGACGCCUGUGGUCACUAAGGCGAAGAAGGUCAAGGGCCCCAAGGUCGUCAAGCAGCGUGAGGCUCGUCGUGGAUCUGAGGAUGAUGUCAAGAAGGUGGUCGUAGAGGAAGAGCUCAAGCUCACCCCCAGUCAGUUCGACCGUCGUGUUAAGGAGGUGAUCGCUAUGCGUGGUAAGAAGGGUAUGGACCUGUCGGGACAGCUCACUCUGCUGCGUAAACUGGCCAACUACGCACGUCGUCUUGGCCCUGCGCGUCAGAUUGUGGCUACGAUGUAUCUGGUGGGUACUUCGGUGUUCGACACGUCGUCGAAGAUCGACCGCGUCAUGUCGGUGCGUCACUGGAAGCUGGUGCAGUCCAAUGUGUGCACGAUUUUGUCGUUGUUGGAGAAGAACCCGGACUUCUCAUUGGCUCCGUUGACGUCCGAAGACCAGGCUGACAUCGUCCGUGCUGGACGUGAGAAGGUGACGGCUGCGCAGAUCGCUGCGGCUGCUGCUGAGGACGCCGAAGAAGACUUGAACUUUGUGGAUACACUGCCCCAGGCUGGCAAGAAGGGCACGAUCAAGGUCUCUGGCGACUUGGCGGCAUUCGUGGAGCGCUUGUCGGAGGAAUACACAAAGGCUCUGCAGCAGACAGACCCGCACACGAGUGAUUACGUUUCUCGUCUGUAUGAUGAGAACCUGCUGAUCGAAGUGGCCGAGCGGGUGCAGACAUUUUACGCGCGUAAGAAGGACUUCCAGCGCGCUGCGACGAUGGCUCUUGUGCGUGCCGAGUUGAUCUACUACAAGCACGACUCUGUCGCUGCUGCUUUGUAUGAGGCUCAGGCUAAGCGUGCUAAGUACGGUGACCCGGUGUUCCUCCACCCUGCGUGCUCCAGUGGCAACUCGAUCAAGACCAAGGAGUUCGACGUGUCUAUCGUUCACCCUGCAUCCAUCAUGGGCCAACCUACAGUCGAUGUGACGCCCGUGGACGCCGAGAAGCUGCUACGUGACGUGUGUCGCUUUGUCUUCCAGCACGGAGACAUCCGCGCCAAGACGCGUGCGAUGCUGUGUCGUAUCUACCACCACGCACUGCACGACCGCUUCCACGAGGCUCGGGACUUGCUGCUGAUGUCGCACAUUCAGGACAACAUCACGGACGCCGAUAUCCCUACGCAGAUCCUGUUCAACCGCAUGAUGGCGCAACUGGGUCUGUGUGCGUUCCGUUGCGGUCUCAUCUGGGAAGCGCACGCGUGUCUGUCGGAGAUUUGCACGGGUUCACGCACUAAGGAGCUGCUGGCUCAAGGUCUGCAGUCAUUCCGUUACGGCGAGCGUGAUCUGGAGCAGGAACGUCUGGAACGUCGUCGUCAAGUGCCGUACCACAUGCACAUUAACUUGGACUUGCUGGAGACGUGCCACUUGGUGAGUGCGAUGCUGUUGGAGGUGCCAAACAUGGUGAACGCGCGUCUGUCAGACCGUAAGCGUAUGGUGUCCAAGGCCUUCCGUAAGCUGCUUGAGUUCCACGAACGUCUGGUGUUCGAGGGUCCUCCGGAGAACCCGCGUGACCACGUGGUAGCUGCUGCUAAGUUGCUGGCUCAGGGCUCGUGGCGUAAGAGUGCUGAGCUCUUGGUUGGUCUGCCUGUAUGGGAUCUCUUCCCCGGUGCUAGCGUGACGCAGCGUGUGAAGGCGAUGGUGCAGCACAAGAUCCAAGUCGAGGCACUGCGUACGUAUCUGUUGGCGUUCAGUGCUGAGUACGACUCGGUGAGUCUUGCGCGUCUUAUGGAAAUGUUCGAGCUGGACGACAAGACUGUGCACAGCGUUGUGUCCAAGAUGAUGAUCAACGAGGAGCUUCAGGGUGCGUGGGACCAGUCGUCGCAGGCUAUUGUUCUGUACAAGACGGAGCGCUCGACGCUGCAGACUAUGGCUGUGCAGUACUCGGACAAGCUCUCGCAGAUCGUGGAGAACAACGAGCGUAUGAUGGACCUGCGUUCUGGUACGAACAAGGAAGAGUGGGGCAACCGUCGCGGCGGCACCGACGGUCGUCGUGGUGGAGGUGGCCGUAUUGGCUUCAGCACGGGCGGCAGUCGACGUGGAGACAACCAAGGUGGACGAGGUGGAUUCCGUCCUCGUCGUGGAGGAGGCGCCGGUGGAGGUCGCGGCCCCAGACAGCAGCGCCAGUAGAAAAAGAUGGUCGCAUGUUGAGAACUACGCAAUGGAAUCCUGUAUUUGAUACAAGAUUGGCUUUGAACAAUCAAUCUUUGUGUAGUUGUGCAGAAUAUACUACUACGUAUAUGAAAA